UAGACCCUCCACCUACCUCCAGCCACAGCCAACCUCCCCCUUCCUCGCAUUCCGCGCCACUCCAACCCUGCUCCGCCACUUGGCGCCGCCGCCGGCGCGCCUCGGGCCAAUCCACGCGCGCCACGUCGCCCCCUAGCCGUCUCCAGCCACUGCCCCACCGCCAUGUGGCAUCGCCACCUCACCCCGCUCCUCCCCGCCGCUGAGGCCCGUAGGAGCCUGCAACCGGCCCGCCCCGGGCCGAUCUGGGCCCCGUGAAGCCCGCAUCGUCGCCGCCCGUGCGCCCCGCACCUCCUCCCGUUCGCCUGCGCCCGAGCGCCUCCCCUCGCAGCGCCCCGCCGCGUGGCCGUCGGCCCGCUCGCCGAUGCGCGCCGCCUCGCCGGAUCCGCCCGUGAAGCUCCUCUCGACGCCGAUGGCCUUCACCGAUGCCGGGAACGGAGUCCUCGCGUCCGGAUCUGACGGCCCCUGUCCAGAUCCACCCCAUUCCGCGCCUCGCCGGUCCUCCACGACCUCGCCGGAGCUCCCUCCCGUUGCCCCUGCAUCCCCUGCUUCUCGGUGCUCGCCGCCCCUGUGCGUUGACCGCGCUGGCCAGCUGCGUGGGCUGCCAGCCGCGCCAGGCCCAACGCGCUUCCUCUCCGAACCGGGCCAAGAGCCCAUGUUUCGGUAAUGUUGCGAUUGUGAGGAUUCGUUCGACUACUCCCGUUCGUCUUCUUCAUGGAUUCGUUCUUCUUCCUUGCGGGAUUUCAG